CACGCAUAUCUCUCGCGCCACAGAGUCCAUUCUAUUCCAAGCGCGCAUGUUCUACCCCCAUCCCCCCUCCCCUAACUCUUGCGCCGACCUCUUGAGUGGUGUCAUGACUGAAAGCUCGCUUGUUCACCCAACACAAUGUUUUAUGGAUUAUCUUCCCUUGUAGUAGCGAGAGAUAGAUGUGGAAGGAACGCGGAGCGAGACGGAGCACUGCCCGGGUUACAGCAGUAGCCUAAAAACCGGGCGACGUGGAGGUUCCAUUCAAUCGGGCUUUUCUAAUGCCCGUGGAUUUCGUGGGGCUCGGUUCGCUUCACCUCUGUGAUCAUGCUUUACUUCCAGCUGGUGAUCAUGGCAGGGACUGUCAUGUUGGCUUACUACUUUGAGUACACCGACACUUUCAACGUGCACGUACAAGGGUUUUUCUGCUAUGACAAUGCAUACACGAAGCCCUACCUUGGACCCGAGGCGUCCAGCGCUGUUCCUCCUGCCAUACUCUACGCAGUGGUCUGCGGAGUGCCGUCGCUUCUGAUCACAGCCAUAGAGUCGGUGUUGUUUCUACUCCAGUAUGUGUCAGAGGACCUGGACAACAGGGAGAAGAUCAUCGUCAUGGGAGACUGCUGUUACCUCAACCCUCUGGUGCGCAGGACCUUCCGCUUCCUGGGAGGUCAACGCAUCCAAGGACACUUUCAAGGUGUGUACGCUUUUGGCCUUUUCUCCACUGACAUAUUUGUGAACGCGGGUCAGGUGGUGACGGGGAACCUGUCCCCCCACUUCCUGACGGUGUGUAAGCCCAACUACACGGCCCUGGGCUGCGUGCAGACCGCCCGCUUCGUCAACCAACAGGGGGCGUGCACGGGCAACGAGGACGACAUCAUGCACGCCCGCAAAUCCUUCCCCUCCAAAGAGGCUGCGCUCAGUGUCUAUGCCGCGCUCUACACAGCGAUGUACAUCACGUUAAAAGUGAAGGCCAAGGGGACCAAGCUGGCCAAGCCACUCCUAUCUCUGGGACUCAUGUGUCUGGCCUUCCUCACAGGAAUCAACAGGGUAGUGGAGUACCGCAACCACUGGUGUGACGUCAUCGCCGGGUUCAUCAUCGGAGGGGCAAUAGCAGUCUUCAUGGUUCUAGGGGUGGUGCAGAACUUCAAAGGGAAGAGCCUGCUGAAUGAGAUCCCGCCGGAGGAGAGCGUGGUCAGCGGUAUUCCUAUGAUGGGCCAGCCCAGGAUCAUGGACAACACCAUGGAGAAGUACAUAUCCUCACAGAAUCCUAUUACUUUUGCCGAGGUCACAUGACAAUGAAUGUGUCACAUGACACACAUUGUUUGGACGUGGUUGCUGCUCGCUUAUCAGUCAUCAUGGUCGCCAGAGGGAGGGAGGUUAACACAGAUCCUGAUGUCUAUCUCUACCAGGGUUGGGGGUCAAUUACAUUUCAAUUCAGGCAGUAAACUGAAAUUCCAAUUCAAUAAAAAACGUAUAUUCAAGUCAGUUCCAGAAUUAACUGAGUGACUUUAAUUAUAAUUGCCCCAACCCUGAUCUAUACAGAAUGACACUAUUUCCAAUCAAACAUUAUGUUCACCUUGUCAUUCCAAAGGAAUUGUAGAAAUCUCAGUAGCUUUACCAUUAUUUUUUUUUGCAAUCAACAUUUUCUCUCCUUCUUUCUUUCUUCCUCUUCAUUCUACUCUCUCUUCUGUUGCAGUUUGUCGUUUAUUGUCAUGAAUCUUUCCCUGGAGGCAGAAGUGAGCGAUUUCCGCUAGAUGGGCCAGCUGCAAAGUCACAAUUGGCUAUUUCUUAAUUUAAGGUUAGGGUUAGGCAUUAGGGUUAGCAGUGUGGUUAACAUUAUGGUUAAUCUUAGGUUUCAAAUCAGACUUGUAGCUGUGCCAGCAAGUGACCACUCUGCAGAGCUGCCUCCAGAACACGAGUCAUCCCAAUAAAAUGCAAAGCUGCUCUUCUGUUCUGCUGAUUAUUGGCGUUCAUUGAAUUCCCCAAAAGUAUUCCUUAUUUUAUAUACUGUAAGAUACUGUAUCAAACAAACAUAGUACUGCUGUAUAUGCAUUUUUAUUUCCUCGUAGAUUACGAAACCUAAAGCCCAACAGCGUAAACCUGUAUUAUGUUUAUUUCUUAUUAUGUCUGUUCAUCACUUUAUAUGUGUUGGCUUGACAGUGUGAUGUAUGUAUUGUAACCAGUGCAAUCCAAACUGUAUGUUGUCAGAGCCAAUCUGUGUGGGUUUAUUUCUGUAGAGAUUUUCCCAACCAGACCUGAGAGAACGAAGAUCCAAAGAUCACUGACAUUUUAGUAUAGGCUUUAUUGGUAGUUUUCAGAGAAAUCAUUCAAUGUGUCCCUCUUGUGAUUAGCUAGAAAUACGUGGGAAUGUGGGUGUGCAUGUGUGAAUGGAUCCAUACGUGUGUGCGUUUGUAGGUGUGCUUGAUAAACCUUUUAACAUAAUUUUCUCUUGUGGAUUGAAGGAUGUUGCUUAGGGCUUGCCAGACAAUCAACAACCAUAAUAUUGCCACGGUCAGGCAACAGAGCUAUUAAGGAAAUAAAAUGGAAAUAUAGAGGUGUUUUUUUUUAUAGGGUGUGUUUUUAUUCCUCAGUUCUAUUUUAUUGUGUUGCAAAAGCAUUGAUCUUUUUGUAUAUUUGCAACAUUUCAUUCAAUUGAUAUGCUAUAUGUUUUGUGUACUGUUUCAUACUGUAUGUUGAUAUGACAGAUACUUGUUUAGUACAAUAUGGAGUAUUGUUUUAAACUCACAGGCCAGCAAUGAGAUUCAUAGUUGAUGCACGACUAGAUGUCAGUUUCCCAAAUGCAUUGUGGGUAAAGUUGUUUUUAUACCACCACAGUUUGAUGAAAUCCCCUGUUGUAUGUUCUUCUCCAUGAUUACAUUUUUACACACUUUUUAUACCCUUUUACUGGAUGUGACUGUACUGUUUACCUAAAUGUCUUACUGUAUGUCCCCUCAAAAUCUCAUAGAUAUCAUCUGAACAUUGAGAGUUUCGGUAUUAGUGGGCCGUUAGAAAAUGGUUUCUAUCCAUGUACAGUUUGAUUAUAUGGUUUUUAUGCAUUAACAUAUAUUUUAAAAAAGAAUUCCUUUCAUACUUUGUCCUAGUUUUUCUAGAAAUGUAUGGGGCAUUUGAAUGAUUCUGGAGAUGUUGUUCACUGUCAACCAUUAUGGUACUUUCAAAAAGAUGUAAAGAUAUAUUAAUUAUUAUAUAUAGUAUCAAAUAUAUAAUAUUAAAGUUGGAUUAGUGUAUUGUUUUGAUCUUAGUUUCUGAGUGUUGGUAUUUUCCUUUGUACAGAUUUUGUUACUAUUCUAACCUCUAAGACUCUUCUGUUUUGUUACUAUUAACUCUUCUGUUUUGAUAUUGUCCCAUUAUACCUGAUCUUUGUUUAUUGAUCUUGUCGCUAUGAGUAACAGUAGCCCAGCAGCAGCACCUCUUACACUGUAGAAACAUGUAAAAGAACCAAACUGUGAGAAAGUUGCGGUGUGAAAUGUAUAUGAAUAUAAUCGGAAUAAAUAUGUUCUACUCAGGCA